UAUGAGAACAACUUAAGCUAAAUUCGAACACGUCAGAAGUGAAUAAGCACAAACUCCAAUCAAUGAAAUUAGAGUCUCAGCUAAACGUCUUGAUGGCUCUUAUAUCAAAAGAGCUAUUGAAUUAUUGCUUGGCACAGAAGAAAUCCCAAAAUAAGACACUGUUUUUAUUAAAGGAAUUGAUAAUGCCAUUCCUAAAGUAUUGGUGAUUAGUGAAAUUGUAAGAAGAAGAGUUGUUGGAUUAUCUCAAGUAUAUAAUACAAUUAAUUACAAAGAUUAAUUAAAUUGGUAAUACUUAAAUUGUGGACAAAUAUGUCCCAACAGAAGAAGGAUUAAUUGAAGUCAAUAUCACUAAAUAGUUGUCUAUUUUAACAGUGAAAUUGACAACUAAACCUACAGAGGAAGAUAAAAAGUCUAUUGGAUACUAAGAACCUCUUCCUGAAUCUGAAGUUGUUCCUUAAAGAUAAAGACAAUGUAUUUUCAUAAAUUGAAUAAUUAGAAGGAGAAAAAAGAGAAAGAAAUACAAGACAAAACAGAGGUGCUCCAAGAGGUGAAAAUAAUAGAGGUUAAGAUAGAAGAGAUAACAGAGAUAACAGAGAUAACAGAGAUAAUAGAGAUAACAGAGAUAAUAGAGAUAGAAGAGAUAAUAGAGACAAUAGAGACAAUAGAGACAAUAGAGACAAUAGAGAUAGAAGAGACAAUAGAGACAAUAGAGAUAGCAGAGACAAUAGAGAUAGAAGAGAUAACAGAGAUAACAGAGACAAUAGAGAUAACAGAGACAAUAGAGAUAACAGAGACAAUAGAGAUAACAGAGACAAUAGAGAUAACAGAGAUAGUAGAGAUAACAGAGAUAGAAGAGAUAAUAGAGAUAACAGAGAUAACAGAGAUAAUAGAGAUAAUAAUAGAUAAAAUAAUACCAGAAAUACAAAUACAAAUACAAAAGUAUAAGACAAGUAAUAAUGAG